GCUCCGCAGCGGGCAGGCGGGAUGCCGGAGCUGCUGGCGGAGCUGCAGGAGGCCGUGGGCUCCCAGCUGGGUGUCACUCAGGCCCAGGCAGGCUCCGGGGAGCUGCGUCUGGUGGGCGGCGGCGGGCGCUGUGCCGGGCGCGUGGAGGUGAAGCACGGCGGUGAGUGGGGCUCCGUGUGCGUCUACGACUACGACGUGGAAGCUCUCUGGGCCGUGGUGGUGUGCCGGCAGCUGGGCUGUGGGCGGGUGGCCAGGGCGUCCCCGUACGCCCCGUUCGGGCAGGGCAGUGGGCGGAUCUGGCUGCAGCCCUUCUACUGCCGAGGGACCGAGGAUACGCUGGAGGAGUGUCCGCACUUCGGAUGGGGACGCCACUUCUGCGGCCACGAGCGGGACGUGGGAGUGACCUGCACAGAUGCCGUGGAGCUGAGGCUGGCGGGCGGCAGCAGUGCCUGUGCUGGGAGGGUGGAAAUGAAGCUGCAGGGACAGUGGGGCUCGGUGGCAGACGACAUCUGGGACAUGGAGGACGCCGAGGUGGUUUGCCAGCAUGUGGGCUGUGGCUCGGCUUCCGGUGCCUACUACGCCCGUGACACCUUCGGUUUAGGUGUUGGGCUCAUCAGCCUGGUCCGGGUGGACUGCAGUGGGAAGGAGGCCACACUCUUGGACUGCACCAUCCGUGGCUGGGGACCCUAUAACAGCAGCAUUCAUGACUUGGACACUGCCGUUGUCUGCCAAGGGUUCUCCCGGCUAGUCGGAGGUGAUGGAGCCUGUGCCGGGCGUCUGGAGGUGCGUCAGGGCCGGGCCUGGGUCGGUGUCUGUGAGGAUCAGGUGGACAUGAAGGCGGCCCAGGUGGUGUGCAGGGAGCUGGGCUGCGGUGAGGCGCUCGCCAUCCCUGGCCGUGCUGGAUUUGGGAGAGGAUCAGGAUCAUUCUUGGACAGGGGCUUCCAGUGCAAUGGCAGCGAGCCCCUCCUCAGUGCCUGUGCCCGGCGUCCGGCCCACAGGCAGGGCUGCACCGGCCCUGCCAGCGUCACCUGCUCGUCCUACACGGGCUUCCGGCUGGGCAACAGCAGCUCGGGAUGCUCCGGGCGAGUGGAGGUGGCGGUGCGGGGCACGUGGGGAUCCGUCUGCGCCAGCGAGUGGGACCUGGCCGACGCGCACGUCCUGUGCCGCCAGCUGGGCUGCGGCCGCGCCUUCAGCGUGCCCCCGGGAGGCUCCUUCGGCAGCGGGGAGGGGCCGCUGCGGCCGGACGCCUUCGGCUGCAGCGGGAGCGAGCGGCACCCGGGCGAGUGCCCCGUGGCCGUGCUGGGGAAGCCGCCCUGUGCGCCGGGAAACGCCGCUGCCGUCAACUGCUCAGGCAGUGCCGAGUCCCUGCGGCUGGUGGAAGGUGAGACCCGGUGCGAUGGGUUUCUGGAGAUGGCCGUAAGCACCGGGGCGUGGCACCGUGUACCAGGAGAGGUUUCGCCCGUACGGAAUUUCAGCAAAGUGUGCUGGGAGCUGGGCUGUGGAGGACUGGACAGGACUGAUGCUGUCCAUGGUCAGAUCUACCUGUCGGAUGUCAACACGACGGAGAGGCCCAUGACAGAACGGGUGAUUCCAACCAUCAUGGACACGACCCCCAAUGUGACCACUGGGACAAUUAGCGAUGAUAAUUUUGGGAAUGAAAGGGAGUUUGUUACGACUACAGCAGCUGACAUCCCUCAUGGGAGCUACACUGUGUGCUCAGGCAGCCGGCAGGUGAGGCUGGUGGGGAGCUCUGGGCGCUGUGCCGGGCGCGUGGAGGUCUAUUCCGGUGGCAGCUGGAGCUCCGUGUGCCAGGAAGGCUGGGACCUGCAGGACGCCGCCGUUGUCUGCCGGCAGCUGGGCUGUGGCAGGGCACUGGAUGCGCCGAGCUCGGCGCGCUCAGGUGCCGUCCCGGGGCCGCUGUGGCCGUACAUCCCCGACUGCUCCGGGUCCGAGGAGUCUCUCUGGGAAUGCGGGCGCACGGAACGGCGCCAGUGCGGGCGCGGCGGCGGGGCAGGGGCCGUCUGCUCAGGUCAGUGCCGGGCACCCCCAGAUCAGGGCCCAGCAGAGGCCCCGGGGGGUUCCUGGCCGUGCCGUGACCCCCCUGCACCCCUUGCAGAGCAGCUCCUCGUGCAGCUGGCAGGAGGCCACGGGCGCUGCCGGGGCUACCUGGAGGUGUCCUACAACGGCACCUGGGGCCGCGUGUGCGCCAGCGGCACCAGCAGCGGCACCGCCGCCGCCGUCUGCCGCCAGCUGGGCUGUGGGGACCGGGGCUCGCUCUCACCUGUCCCCUCCCAGCAGCCACCCCUUGCGUGGCUGGCCUGGGUGGGCUGUGAGGACGGGGCCCGCUCGCUCUGGGGGUGCCCCUCGGCCCCCUGGCACCUGCAGAGCUGUGGCACCGACGGGUACGCACAAGUGGAGUGUGAGGAGGACAGUGAUGGCACCUCUGAUGGACACAGCGCCCCAUAUCCAGAGGGUGCCACCAGCACAGGUAGCUCUGCCCGUGCCUGCAUCCCCCACAGCGGGCUGGCUGGGAUCCCCCUCCCCUCAGUGCCUGCCCGUGUCCCCACAGGUGUCCCCAGCAGAACGCCCUCAGCAGUGGCCCUGGGGACUGUGCCUGUGCCCACUGUGCUGUGCGUGGUGCUGGGGACGCUGCUGUGCCUGUCCCUGGGUGCCCUGGCCCUGCUGCUGUGCCGUGCCCGUGCCCGACGCCGAGGCCCUGGCAAAGCUGCAGAUGCCACCUCCAAUGCUAUUUACGAGGAGCUGGAUUACAAAGCCAUGCCAGAGUACCAGGAGGUGCCCACUCCCCCAGGUUCCCUGUCGGAGGGAUGGGUGAAGAAGCUGCCGUAUUACACCGGGGACAGCGUGGAGGGGAGUGACACCGAGGCAGCGCCAGAUCCCCCUGCCCAGCCCGAGCAAGGAAGCCCGGAUGGCUACGACGAUGCCCUGGAUGUGCCACAGGAGGCCCCUGCUCCCAGCACGGGGGACAUCUCUGAGGGAGUGGCACGGCAGAAGUGGAUCUGUGUCCUCCCCACAGGUGGGAUCUCGUCCCCUCCAAGUUCCCCAGGAGCCACCAGGGACCCCACGGAUCAGCCCCCUGGGCACAUGGACUAUGAUGAUGUGGGCUGCAGCGCCCUGGGAAGGCUGGGCUGGGAAUGGCUCUGGUUGUUGGAAGGACUUGUCCUAAAGGAGGGGAGGUCUCCUGAAGGAGGGGAGCGCCUUCCUGCCCCCCUGCAGCACCCCGCGGUGGCAGGGCAGCCGGGCCAUGGCCCCUGCCUGCGGCACGUCGUGCUCCAGGAGGUUCCCGAUCUUCGGGGCGGGCUGCAGAGCCCGGAGGGCGUCCAGAUCCUGCAGCAGGGGCUGGCUGAAGCCGUCCGUGCUCAGCCUGGACGUGCAGGAGGCAGGAGAAGAGGAGAAGGCUCCGGGGAGCUGCGUCUGGUGGGCGGCGGCGGCGGGCGCUGUGCCGGGCGCGUGGAGGUGAAGCACGGCGGUGAGUGGGGCUCCGUGUGCGUCUUCGACGGCGACAGGGAAGCUCUCUGGGCCGUGGUGGUGUGCCGGCAGCUGGGCUGUGGCCGGGUGGCCAGGGCGUCCCCGUACGCCUCGUUCGGGCAGGGCAGUGGGCGGAUCUGGCUGCAGCCCUUCUACUGCUUGGGAACCGAGGAUACGCUGGAGGAGUGUCUACACUUGGGAUGGGGACGGCACUUCUGCGGCCACGAGUGGGACGUGGGAGUGACCUGCACAGAUGCCGUGGAGCUGAGGCUGGCGGGCGGCAGCAGUGCCUGUGCCGGGAGGGUGGAGGUGAAGCUGCAGGGACAGUGGGGCUCGGUGGCAGACGACAACUGGGACAUGGAGGACGCCGAGGUGGUUUGCCAGCAGCUGGGCUGUGGCUCGGCUUCCGGUGCCUACUACGCCCUUGACACAUUCGGUUUAGAGGGCUGGCUCAUCAGCCUGGCCCUGGUGGACUGCAGUGGGAACGAGGCCACACUCUUGGACUGCAAAAUCCGUGGCUGGGGACCCUAUAACAGCAGCAUUCAUGAGUUUGACACUGCCGUUUUCUGCCAAGGUAGGAGCUGGGCUUGGGGGGGACGGGGCACUUCCUGCACAUCCCUUGACACUGCUCCUGCAGGGUUCUCCCGGCUAGUCGGAGGUGAUGGAGCCUGUGCCGGGCGUCUGGAGGUGCGUCAGGGCCGGGUCUGGGUCGGUGUCUGUGAGGAUCAGGUGGACAUGAAGGCGGCUCAGGUGGUGUGCAGAGAGCUGGGCUGCGGUGAGGCGCUCGCCAUCCCUGGCCGUGCUGGAUUUGGGAGAGGAUCAGGAUCAUUCUUGGACAGGGGCUUCCAGUGCAAUGGCAGCGAGCCCCUCCUCAGUGCCUGUGCCCGGCGUCCGGCCCACAGGCAGGGCUGCACCGGCCCUGCCAGCGUCACCUGCUCGUCCUACACGGGCUUCCGGCUGGGCAACAGCAGCUCGGGAUGCUCCGGGCGAGUGGAGGUGGCGGUGCGGGGCACGUGGGGAUCCGUCUGUGCCAGCGAGUGGGACCUGGCCGACGCGCACGUCCUGUGCCGCCAGCUGGGCUGCGGCCGCGCCUUCAGCGUGCCCCCGGGAGGCUCCUUCGGCAGCGGGGAGGGGCCGCUGCGGCCGGACGCCUUCGGCUGCAGCGGGAGCGAGCGGCACCCGGGCGAGUGCCCCGUGGCCGUGCUGGGGAAGCCGCCCUGUGCGCCGGGAAACGCCGCCGCCGUCAACUGCUCAGGCAGUGCCGAGUCCCUGCGGCUGGUGGAAGGUGAGAGCCGGUGCGAUGGGUUUCUGGAGAUGGCCGUAAGCACCGGGGCGUGGCACCGUGUACCAGGAGAGGUUUCGCCCGUACGGAAUUUCAGCAAAGUGUGCUGGGAGCUGGGCUGUGGAGGACUGGACAGGACUGAUGCUGUCCAUGGUCAGAUCUACCUGUCGGAUGUCAACACGACGGAGAGGCCCAUGACAGAACGGGUGAUUCCAACCAUCAUGGACACGACCCCCAAUGCGACCACUGGGACAAUUAGUGAUGAUAAUUUUGGGAAUGAAAGGGAGUUUGUCACGACUGCAGCAGCUGACAUCCCUCAUGGGAGCUACACUGUGUGCUCAGGCAGCCGGCAGGUGAGGCUGGUGGGGAGCUCUGGGCGCUGUGCCGGGCGCGUGGAGGUCUAUUCCGGUGGCAGCUGGAGCUCCGUGUGCCAGGAAGGCUGGGACCUGCAGGACGCCGCCGUUGUCUGCCGGCAGCUGGGCUGUGGCAGGGCACUGGAGGCGCCGAGCUCGGCGCGCUCGGGCGCCAUCCCGGGGCCGCUGUGGCCGUACAUCCCCGACUGCUCCGGGUCCGAGGAGUCUCUCUGGGAAUGCGGGCGCACGGAACGGCGCCAGUGCGGGCGCGGCGGCGGGGCAGGGGCCGUCUGCUCAGAGCAGCUCUCCGUGCGGCUGGCAGGAGGCCACGGGCGCUGCCGGGGCUACCUGGAGGUGUCCUACAACGGCACCUGGGGCCGCGUGUGCGCCAGCGGCACCAGCAGCGGCACCGCCGCUGCCGUCUGCCGCCAGCUGGGCUGUGGGGACCGGGGCUCGCUCUCGCCUGUCCCCUCCCAGCAGCCACCCCUUGCGUGGCUGGCCUGGGUGGGCUGUGAGGACGGGGCCCGCUCGCUCUGGGGCUGCCCCUCGGCCCCCUGGCACCUGCAGAGCUGUGGCACCGACGGGUACGCACAAGUGGAGUGUGAGGAGGACAGUGAUGGCACCUCUGAUGGACACAGCGCCCCAUAUCCAGAGGGUGCCACCAGCACAGUGCCUGCCCAUGUCCCCACAGGUGUUCCCAGCAGAACGCCCUCAGCAGUGGCCCUGGGGACUGUGCCUGUGCCCACUGUGCUGUGCGUGGUGCUGGGGAUGCUGCUGUGCCUGUCCCUGGGUGCCCUGGCCCCGCUGCUGUGCCGUGCCCGUGCCCGACGCCGAGGCACUGGCAAAGCUGCAGAUGCCACCUUCGAUGCUAUUUACGAGGAGCUGGAUUACAAAGCCAUGCCAGAGUCCCAGGAGGUGCCCACUCCCCCAGGUUCCCUGUCGGAGGGAUGGGUGAAGAAGCUGCCGUAUUACACCGGGGACAGCGUGGAGGGGAGUGACACCGAGGCAGCGCCAGAUCCCCCUGCCCAGCCCGAGCAAGGAAGCCCGGAUGGCUACGACGAUGCCCUGGAUGUGCCACAGGAGCCCCCUGCUCCCAGCACGGGGGACAUCUCUGAGGGAGUGGCACGGCAGAAGUGGAUCUGUGUCCUCCCCACAGGUAAGAGGGCUCACAGCUGCCCUGUCCCCUCUGCAGAGCCACUCCAUGGCAGGGUUUGGCUCUGGGGGCGGGCAGGGCCCCAGCAGCAGAUCCAUGGGUGCUGUGGUCAGAUCCCAGGCGGGGUCUGUCAGGGGGGACACGGAGCUGCCUGCACCCUCAGACACCUUUCUGUGCUGUCCCCAAGGCUCCGCUGCCCGGCUCGGGAAUGCCGGGCACGGGAGGGGCCGUGGCAGGGCCCUCACUCACCCGAGGCUCCGCAGCGGGCAGGCGGGAUGGCGGAGCUGCUGGCGGAGCUGCAGGAGGCCGUGGGCUCCCAGCUGGGUGUCACUCAGGCCCAGGCAGCUGGGCUGAAAGGGGUGAGGAAAGGUGAGGUCUGGAUGUCGGAGCGGGUGUUCCGGGAAGCUCCGGGGCCAGCGGGAGUCCAAGGAGAGGCGGAGCUGGAAGGGGCGUCGGUGUCAGCAGUGCAAGUGGAUGCGUGCGUUGGGAAUGUGGUGCCAGAGAGUGCGGUGGAGGGAGAGAGCGGGCAGUUUGCUGCGGAGCGCGGCUGCCGAGCUGCAGGGGGACGGAGCGGCGGGGCAGGGGCGGCGGAGCCGCGGCGUUAUCGGCGGCGGCGCAGGUGUCGGGAGGCGCGUGCGGUCGCCGGCGACGCCGGGAGCCGCCGGGGGGUAACCGCCUCCUUCCUGCGCUGGCGGCGAGGCGAGCGCGGGGCCGCAGCUGCGGCGGCAGCGCCAUGUGCCAGCGCCGCCGCGAGGGACCGGGGAGCUGGCACCUGGCAGCCCCGCGCGGAGCCGGGGGCUGCUGGCACCCCCCGCGGGGGCUCCGAGCCGCCGGGAGGGGAGCGCCCCGAGGGCGGGGGCUUUGAGCUUUGCAGGUGUGUGACGCCAGAAGCGCAGGCGAGGCUCAUAUUUGGGCACGGAGCAGGUUAUUGGAGGCCGCGGCCCCGCAGCCGGGAGAUGAGGGGCCUGAUAAAGGCUGCCCUGGUGCUGCUGCCUGCAUUGGCUCGGGCGCAGGUGUGCGAGAGCUGCCCCGGCUGCGCUGGGUCGGGGCCGGUGGCCAUGGGGCCGGUGGCCAUGGGGCCGGUGGCGGCGCUGGGGCUGCUGCGGGGCCCGCGGCGGUGGCGGGCCCGGCUCAGCAGCCUCCGUGCCGCAGGCUCCGGGGAGCUGCGUCUGGUGGGCGGCGGCGGCGGGCGCUGUGCCGGGCGCGUGGAGGUGAAGCACGGCGGUGAGUGGGGCUCCGUGUGCGUCUACGACUACGACGUGGAAGCUCUCUGGGCCGUGGUGGUGUGCCGGCAGCUGGGCUGUGGCCGAGUGGCCAGGGCGUCCCCGUACGCCCCGUUCGGGCAGGGCAGUGGGCGGAUCUGGCUGCAGCCCUUCUUCUGCCGAGGCGCCGAGAAUACGCUGGAGGAGUGUCGGCACUUCGGAUGGGGACGGCACUUCUGCGGCCACGAGCGGGACGUGGGAGUGACCUGCACAGAUGCCGUGGAGCUGAGGCUGGCGGGCGGCAGCAGUGCCUGUGCUGGGAGGGUGGAGGUGAAGCUGCAGGGACAGUGGGGCUCGGUGGCAGACGACAGCUGGGACAUGGAGGACGCCGAAGUGGUUUGCCAGCAUCUGGGCUGUGGCUCGGCUUCCGGUGCCUACUACGCCCGUGACACCUUCGGUUUAGAGGGCUGGCUCGUCAGCCUGGCCCUGGUGGACUGCAGUGGGAACGAGGCCACACUCUGGGACUGCACCAUCCGUGGCUGGGGACACUAUAACAGCAGCUUCCAUUAUUGGGACACUGCCGUUGUCUGCCAAGGGUUCUCCCGGCUAGUCGGAGGUGAUGGAGCCUGUGCUGGGCGUCUGGAGGUGCGUCAGGGCCGGGCCUGGGUCGGUGUCUGUGAGGAUCAGGUGGACAUGAAGGCGGCCCAGGUGGUGUGCAGGGAGCUGGGCUGCGGUGAGGCGCUCGCCAUCCCUGGCCGUGCUGGAUUUGGGAGAGGAUCAGGAUCAUUCUUGGACAGGGGCUUCCAGUGCAAUGGCAGCGAGCCCCUCCUCAGUGCCUGUGCCCGGCGUCCGGCCCACAGGCAGGGCUGCACCGGCCCUGCCAGCGUCACCUGCUCGUCCUACACGGGCUUCCGGCUGGGCAACAGCAGCUCGGGAUGCUCCGGGCGAGUGGAGGUGGCGGUGCGGGGCACGUGGGGAUCCGUCUGCGCCAGCGAGUGGGACCUGGCCGACGCGCACGUCCUGUGCCGCCAGCUGGGCUGCGGCCGCGCCUUCAGCGUGCCCCCGGGAGGCUCCUUCGGCAGCGGGGAGGGGCCGCUGCGGCCGGACGCCUUCGGCUGCAGCGGGAGCGAGCGGCACCCGGGCGAGUGCCCCGUGGCCGUGCUGGGGAAGCCGCCCUGUGCGCCGGGAAACGCCGCCGCCGUCAACUGCUCAGGCAGUGCCGAGUCCCUGCGGCUGGUGGAAGGUGAGAGCCGGUGCGAUGGGUUUCUGGAGAUGGCCGUAAGCACCGGGGCGUGGCACCGUGUACCAGGAGAGGUUUCGCCCGUACGGAAUUUCAGCAAAGUGUGCUGGGAGCUGGGCUGUGGAGGACUGGACAGGACUGAUGCUGUCCAUGGUCAGAUCUACCUGUCGGAUGUCAACACGACGGAGAGGCCCAUGACAGAACGGGUGAUUCCAACCAUCAUGGACACGACCCCCAAUGCGACCACUGGGACAAUUAGCGAUGAUAAUUUUGGGAAUGAAAGGGAGUUUGUCACGACUGCACCAGCUGACAUCCCUCAUGGGAGCUACACUGUGUGCUCAGGCAGCCGGCAGGUGAGGCUGGUGGGGAGCUCUGGGCGCUGUGCCGGGCGCGUGGAGGUCUAUUCCGGUGGCAGCUGGAGCUCCGUGUGCCAGGAAGGCUGGGACCUGCAGGACGCCGCCGUUGUCUGCCGGCAGCUGGGCUGUGGCAGGGCACUGGAGGUGCCAAGCUCGGCGCGCUCAGGUGCCGUCCCGGGGCCGCUGUGGCCGUACAUCCCCGACUGCUCCGGGUCCGAGGAGUCUCUCUGGGAAUGCGGGCGCACGGAACGGCGCCAGUGCGGGCGCGGCGGCGGGGCAGGGGCCGUCUGCUCAGGUCAGUGCCGGGCACCCCCAGAUCAGGGCCCAGCAGAGGCCCCGGGGGGUUCCUGGCCGUGCCGUGACCCCCCUGCACCCCUUGCAGAGCAGCUCUCCGUGCGGCUGGCAGGAGGCCACGGGCGCUGCCGGGGCUACCUGGAGGUGUCCUACAACGGCACCUGGGGCCGCGUGUGCGCCAGCGGCACCAGCAGCGGCACUGCCGCUGCCGUCUGCCGCCAGCUGGGCUGUGGGGACCAGGGCUCGCUCUCACCUGUCCCCUCCCAGCAGCCACCCCUUGCGUGGCUGGCCUGGGUGGGCUGUGAGGACGGGGCCCGCUCGCUCUGGGGCUGCCCCUCGGCCCCCUGGCACCUGCAGAGCUGUGGCACCGACGGGUACGCACAAGUGGAGUGUGAGGAGGACAGUGAUGGCACCUCUGAUGGACACAGCGCCCCAUAUCCAGAGGGUGCCACCAGCACAGGUGUCCCCAGCAGAACGCCCUCAGCAGUGGCCCUGGGGACUGUGCCUGUGCCCACUGUGCUGUGCGUGGUGCUGGGGACGCUGCUGUGCCUGUCUCUGGGUGCCCUGGCCCUGCUGCUGUGCCGUGCCCGUGCCCGACGCCGAGGCCCUGGCAAAGCUGCAGAUGCCACCUCCAAUGCUAUUUACGAGGAGCUGGAUUACAAAGCCAUGCCAGAGUCCCAGGAGGUGCCCACUCCCCCAGGUGGGCGCCGCCCUUGUGCCCCAGCUGUGUCCAGAGUGAAGGCUCUGCCUGACAGCCCCACGGCAGCUUGA